AUGUACUGCACCCUCAUGAGUGAUAUGACUGUACUGCACCCUCAUGAGUGGUAUGACUGUACAGGGAUGAGUAGCAGCCUCCGUGCCUCGCGCUCUGGCCGGGAGGCGGGCUUUGCCCACCUGAGAAAAGAGGUUGAGUUGGUAGAGGAGAUGAAGAAGUAUAAGAUAAAGGCACUUGGCUUGAGUGAAACAAGAAGGAAGGGAGUGGGACAGAAGGACUUGGAUGGAGGGUAUGUUAUGCGAUACUCAGGAAUACCAGAGGGAAGAAGAGCUAGUGGUGGAGUGGCUAUAGUAAUGGAUGGAGACAUCAACACAAGAGUUAAAAGCUGGGAGGCUGUAAGCCCUAGAAUUAUCAGAGUGGAUCUUGACCUAGAGGAGAAAAUAAGCAUCAUUCAAGUGUAUGGCCCAACGGAAGAUGCUAGUGUGGCUGAAAAGGAUGAGUUUUGGCUACAACUAGAUAGAGUGACCAUAGAGGCUGAAGAAACAAGAAAACUUGUGGUGAUGGGAGAUUUCAAUGGGAGAGUUGGAUCUGAUCAACAGGACGGGCUCGGAAGUAUGGGAAAAUAUGGAUGUGAAACAAUAAGAAAUAACAAUGGACAAAGACUAAUUGAAUACUCAGCACAGCACAAUCUUCUCAUUGGAAACACUUGGUUCAUACACAAAAGAAUUCAUUAG